CUUCUACCCUCCCACAUGGCCGGACCGCCGGAGCCCCCUCAUCCGCGGCAAAGUGCCCAUGACGACGCGGCUGGCGGCGACGUCGCUGCUCUCUAGAACCCUCCUCCACCGCUCCACAUCACAAAUCCGGAGACCCCUCUCCCUGGGCCUCGAACCAUCCGCAAGAAUCCCCCAGUCCCAGUCAAGAACCGCCUCGUCGACCGCCUCGGGAGAUCCGGGCCAAGAACCGCCGGCUACCAUGGACUCCCCGAUCAAGGUGGUCUCCCACCUCGGGGGCCGAGAAGGAGGAGGGGGCGCAGGUGGAGGAGGUGCGAUCGACGCGGGGAGGUCGGCGCGGAAGCCGCUGAGCCUGUGGCCCGGGAUGUACCACUCGCCGGUGACCAACGCCCUGUGGGAGGCGCGGUCCAGCAUCUUCGAGCGGAUGAUGGACGCCGGCGCCCCCGGUGAGGAGCAGAGACCGCAGACGGAGCUGCUCACCAAGACGCCCGCGCAGAGCCGGACCAUCAUCGUGUACAAGUUCGCCACCGACGACAUCCUUCGGGAGCAGUACAGGGACCCCUGGAACGAGGUGCGCAUCGGGAAGCUGCUCGAGGACCUCGAUGCCCUCGCUGGCACCAUCGCCGUCAAGCACUGUUCCGAUGAAGAUAGCACAACAAGACCUCUUUUGGUUGUGACUGCUUCUGUGGAUAAAAUGGUGCUAAAAAAGCCAAUCCGUGUGGACACUGAUUUAAAGAUAGCUGGUGCUGUUACUUACGUUGGCCGCUCUUCAAUUGAUAUACAGAUUGAAGUGACUCAGGUUGAUCAAGAUGGUGAUAUUCAGUCUGAUCCAAUUGCACUGACAGCUAACUUCACAUUUGUUGCACGUGAUUCUAUGACUGGAAAAUCUGCUCCAGUGAACCGCCUUUCACCGGAAACUGAGAGGGAGAAACAGCUAUUUGGAGAAAGAGAAGCACAUGAUAAGACGAGGAAAAGGAAGAGAGAAGAACAGAAGGGAGGGCUUGAAAAUGGGAUACAUAAGCUUUGUGCUGAGGCUGAGAGGCUGAAUGUGUUACUCGCAGAGGGCCGUGUUUUCUCUGAUUUGCCUGCUUUGGCUGAUAGAGACAGCAUCCUGCUGAGGGAUACCCGCCUGGAGAACUCUCUUAUCUGCCAACCUCAGCAACGUAACUUGCAUGGACGGAUAUUUGGAGGUUUUUUGAUGCACCGAGCAUUUGAGCUUGCCUUCUCAACUGCAUAUGCCUUUGUUGGACAGAGACCUUGUUUUCUUGAAGUCGAUCAUGUUGACUUCUUAAAACCAGUGGAUGUAGGAGACUUUCUUCGAUUCAAAUCAUGUGUCUUGUAUACUCAGCUUGGCAAUCCAGAGCAGCCCCUAGUCAAUGUUGAAGUUGUUGCUCAUGUAACAAGGCCUGAGAUCCGGAAAAGCGAGGUCUCCAACACGUUUCAUUUCACCUUCACGGUUAGUAGUGAUGUGUUGAAGAAUGGGUUGAAGAUUCGCAAUGUUGUUCCCUCUACUGAAGAAGAGGCACGGCGCAUAUUAGAGCGCAUGGAUGCGGAGGGUUUAUUUAACUAGUCCAUCUGCAGAACCAAUUGUUUCAGCCAAAUAUGGUACUUAAUUUCACUUGUCGUACAAAUUAAUGGGAGAUGUAGCGAUGAUUUGAAUAGCAGCAAUCAGCAGAUAAGCAACACGCCGGCAAUAGAACGGCAUAGUUUUAGCUCCAUGGUGCUAUUACACAUUUCUUUUUUAGAGACCAUUGGAGUGUAUAAUAACAUACUCCUCGAGACACAAAAUAUGCUUUUGUGAAAGCACUUCCUUCAUGUUAUUUUUUAUUUCCCUUGAGUGUGUAAUUGCAGUUCCCAUGUUUUUUUUCAA